AUGUCAGGCAAAAGGAUUCUCGACGUCCUCGCCCUCUUCAACGCUUCCCGAAGAGUGGCCUCGAAGCACUUCGACAUCAGACUCUCCCAAAUCAAACUCUAUGGCCAGACUUCGUCCCCCGUUAAGGCUUUGAGGAGACAAGGGCUCCCUAUAUUAUCCACCGCAGUCUCCCGCUUCGCCUCGUCGCAGCCCCCUUCCAAGCCUGCGAAGGAAGGUAUUCACCAAGAUCAUUUCUACACCCGCUCCGAGCAGAAUUCCCCCGCGCAACCGCCACCUACAGCAGACCUCAAUGUUAAACAAGCACAGGCAACAAGGUUGCCUCUGCCAGAUGGAACAAUACCCUCAGAUGAUAGCCCCAUCGGGGAAGAGACAGGAGAUGCCAUGAGUUUCAGUACAAGGCCCGCCGGGGAAACAGCGCAGCAUCCGGUCGCACCCCAGGGAGAUCGUGCCUUGCGAGUGAAGUCAUCUGGCCAGUCUACUAUACCCAGCCCUUCCUUGGCGAGCUCCCUGUCUCCGGAAGCAGCGAGAAAAGCACAACGCCUGUCUGAAGAUCCGAUACCAAGCAAAGCUGCCGAACCUCCCGAAGCCAAGGACAAUGGACCCGAGUUCGCAGUUGAGCAGGAACAAGAUGUUUUUUACCAGCCGCCAGAUAGUGUGAAGCCAGUUCUAUCAGCCUUACCUCGUGUUCGUGUCCCCCGAAUCGAAAAUGAUGUUCAAGCAGGGGACUCCCACAUUCCCCCAGGCAUCAACGCCGAUGUAUACUACUCUGGCUCGAAGGAAGUUGGGUCGGAGCCUACAGAGGUGCAGUUGUCCCAGCUUUUCCGCAAUCCAAGACAUGCCAAAUUGUUGGCGAAUAAGACCGCUCCCGGAGCGAAGAGGCGAUUUCAUUCAAUGAGAGUCAAUCGACAAGUGCCAUCUAAUGACGAUAUGGACAGCAUUCGGCAAUUGGCCGCUGACAUGGCCAAGGGUGCAGAGAAGAUCAAAACGUCGCAAGCACAAAUUGUCCAGCCUUAUCAGAUGCGUGAGUCGAAGGUUCCCUCAACGAGGUUUGGCCGUCUCUUCGAGUAUGGUGGACUAGCAGCGUCAAUGGCUUUGGGGGCCGUCAGUGAAAGUGUCAGUCGGUCCAGCGGCUCGGACGGGUCUCUAAUGCUGAGCCCGGCAAAUAUGGAACGCCUGGUGGCCAAAUUGUCCAAAAUGCGAGGUGCUGCCUUGAAGCUAGGCCAAUUGAUGAGCUUCCAAGAUGCAAAGCUGCUGCCUAAGCCCAUUCAUGAGGUACUUCAGCGCGUCCAAGAUAGCGCAGACUACAUGCCCGCUUCACAAAGAGAUGCAGUGAUUGCCACUGAUCUGGGACCCAAUUGGCGUGCGUUGUUUGAGCAGUUCGACGAGCGUCCACUGGCUGCUGCCUCCAUUGGGCAAGUGCAUGGCGCCGUCUUGAAGGGCGGACGCCGGGUGGCUGUCAAGGUCCAGUAUCCUGGCGUGGCAGAUUCAAUCUCGUCAGAUCUUAACAAUCUUUCCUUGCUUCUGACUGCGUCUCGCCUGUUACCGAAGGGCCUUUACUUGGACAAGACAAUUGCCAACGCCCGUACUGAGUUAGCAUGGGAAUGCGACUACGCCCGAGAGGCCGGAGCUGCAAAAAGGUUCCGACAGCUGCUAGCAGACGACCAGAAGGUCUUUACUGUCCCAGAAAUCAUCGAUGAGGCCUCCGGUAAGCAGGUGCUCACGAUGGAGCGCAUGGAAGGAGUCGCAGUGACCAAAGUCCGCAAUUUUACGCAGGAGCAGAAAGACUGGAUCGGGACGCAAAUUCUUCGCUUGUGUCUGCGAGAGAUCAUCGAGUUCAGGUACAUGCAGACAGACCCGAACUGGACCAACUUCCUCUACAAUGCCCAAACCAACAAGCUGGAACUGCUGGACUUUGGAGCAUCCAGAGAAUACCCGGCAACCUUCAUCGAGCUCUAUGCUAAGGUCCUGGACGCAGCUUCAAGAGGAGACCGAAAUGCUUGCAGUGACCUGUCGAUACAAUUGGGCUACCUUACUGGAUACGAAUCCAAGCUCAUGCUGAACGCUCACAUUGACUCGGUCACGACACUAGCCGAACCUUUCACGGACUCUGCUCCUGACCUUUAUGAUUUUGAGAACCAGACCAUUACCGACCGCGUCCGUGGCCUCAUUCCUGUCAUGCUGAAAGAGAGAUUGGCCCCGCCUCCGGAGGAGACAUACAGUUUGCAUCGUAAACUGAGCGGAGCCUUUCUGUUAUGUGCGAGAUUGGGGAGUCACGUCAGAUGCAAAGACCUCUUCCAGCAAGCUCUAGUCAAGGCAGGAAUACGUUGA